UCUCGCUCUGUCAGGCGGGAAAAGAAGAAGGAGAGAAGAUGGCAGCGGCGGGAAAGGCUGGCGGCAGAGAUUACGCCGAGGAGCGCGCGAAGGCGGCGGCGUUCCUGGAGGGCUUCUACCGCCAGAGCGGGACGGCGACGCAGGCGAAGGAGUUCCCUUACCGGGAGCAGCUGGCGUCGGUGGCCCAGCGGGAGCAGGUGGCCCUGUACGUGGACCUGGACGACGUGGCCGAAGAGGACCCGGAGCUGGUGGACGCCGUCUGCGAGAACACGAAGCGCUACGAGCGGAUCUUCGCGGACGCCGCGUGGGAGCUGCUGCCCCAGUUCCGGCAGCGGGAGGUGACCCACAAGGAUGCCCUGGACGUCUACAUCGAGCACCGCCUGCUGAUGGAGGGCCGGGGCCGGGAGGCCGGCCAGACCCCCCACGACCCCCAGAACCAGUUCCCCCCGGAGCUCAUGCGCCGAUUUGAGCUAUACUUCAAGGCACCAUCGAGCGCCAAGGCCCGGGUGAUCCGGGAGGUGAAGGCGGAGGCCAUUGGGAAGCUGGUGACCGUCCGAGGCAUCGUCACCCGGGUUUCCGAAGUGAAACCCCGUAUGGUGGUGGCCACCUACAGCUGUGACCAGUGCGGUGCAGAGACCUACCAGCCGAUACAGUCUCCUAGUUUCACACCUCUGCUGAUGUGCCCAAGCCGGGAGUGCCAAACCAACCGGGCUGGUGGCCGCCUCUAUCUACAGAGCCGAGGCUCCAAGUUCAUCAAGUACCAGGAACUCAAGAUACAGGAGCAUAGUGACCAGGUGCCGGUGGGGAACUUGCCGCGCUCCGUCAGUGUCAGCGUGCAAGGGGAAAACACUCGGCUUGUGCAGCCAGGCGACCACGUCAGCGUUACUGGCGUGUUCCUUCCGGUGCGGCAGACGGGCUUUCGGCAGCUCCUACAGGGCCUUCUCUCAGACACGUACCUGGAGGCCCAUCACAUUGUCUGCAUGAGCAAAAGUGAGCAGGAAGAGCUGGGAGAAGGGGACCUCACGGAGGAGGAGCUGCGCCAGAUUACAGAGGAGGACUUCUAUGACAAGCUGGCAGCCUCCAUUGCACCCGAGAUCUACGGCCACGAGGACGUGAAGAAGGCGCUGCUGCUGCUGCUCGUGGGCGGGGUGGACCAGAACCCACGGGGCAUGAAGAUCCGUGGGAACAUCAACAUCUGCCUCAUGGGAGACCCUGGCGUGGCCAAAUCGCAGUUGCUGUCGUACAUCACCCGCCUGGCGCCACGCAGCCAGUACACAACAGGGCGGGGGUCUUCUGGUGUGGGGCUGACGGCUGCUGUGUUGCGCGACCCGCUGACGGGGGAGCUGGCCUUGGAGGGCGGGGCGCUGGUGCUGGCCGACCAGGGCGUCUGCUGCAUCGACGAGUUCGACAAGAUGCUGGAGUCCGACCGCACGGCCAUCCAUGAGGUGAUGGAGCAGCAGACGCUCUCCAUUGCCAAGGCCGGCAUCCUCACCACACUGAAUGCCCGCUGUGCCAUCCUGGCAGCCGCUAACCCUGCCUACGGGCGCUACAACCCCAAGCGCAGCUUGGAGCACAACAUCCAGCUCCCGGCUGCCCUGCUCUCCCGCUUCGACUUGCUCUGGCUGAUCCAGGACCGGCCGGACCGUGACAAUGACCUCCGUCUCGCCCAGCACAUCACCUAUGUGCACCAGCACAGCCGGCAGCCGCCCUGCCAGUUCCAGCAGCUUGACAUGGGCCUCAUGAGACGCUACGUAGCCCUGUGCAAGCGGAAGCAGCCAGCAGUGCCGGAAUCGCUGGCAGAUUACAUCACGGCGGCCUAUGUGGAGAUGCGGAAGGAGGCCUGGGCCAACAGAGACACCACCUACACCUCGGCCCGCACCUUGCUGGGGAUCCUGCGCCUGGCCACUGCGCUGGCACGGCUCAGGCGUGUGGACAUGGUUGACAAGGAAGAUGUGAAUGAAGCUAUGCGCCUUAUGGAGAUGUCUAAAGACUCACUUUUGGCAGACAAGGGACAACCAAGCAGGACGCAGCGUCCCUCGGAGCUGAUCUUUGCAGCAAUCCGGGAACUGGUUCCUGCUGGGGGCACUCGCUCGGUGCACCUGGCUGAGGCGGAGCAGCGCUGUGUUUCAAAGGGCUUUACUCCCACCCAGUUCCAGGCUGCUCUCAGUGAAUAUGAGGAGCUCAACGUCUGGCAGGUGAACCAGAAGAAGACCCGUCUUACUUUCGUCUGAACCAUUCUGGCCUGCAGGGGGCAACUCAAGCCCGUUCUGAAGUGAGCUGGUGGCAGCUGUUCCCCGAGGGGCUGCCAUAGACUGCUUCCUGCUAGUGUCCCUUUUUACAAUUGAUCUGUUCUCCCCUAAUAAAAGUUGCUUCCAUCUUUUGGA